UGUAGUAGUGCUGUCAUGGAUUCUUUUGCUAGUCCUGGAUCUAAGAGUGCUGUGACAUCAAAUGAGACCGUGAUUUCAUCUCUAUCUAUGGUCAAGUCUUUGAUUGAGGCACCGUAGUGGAUGUUGAUGGGAUAUUCACGUCUCUCUGUGAGGGAUCCAUGCUUAUUUGUCAGUUUUUUUAAGCAUUGUUGUAGUUUGGAGGGAAUAAGCAUCUUGCUGAAAUGCCUUUGGUCAUCCUUUGAAUCAACAAGUCUUACAGUAUCAGAAGUGUGCCCAGCAAAGUAAGGCAGGAAUAGCACAGUAUUGAAGGAGAAUAUUCUGAAUGGAAGACUUCACAGCAUUAAGAAAUCUUAGAAUGAGUAAUCUAAUUUGGAUUGUUGUCUACUUCCUACUUGGCACAGCAGAAGCCAAUGAAGUCUGUUAUGAAACAAUAGGCUGCUUUUCUGAUAAACCGCCUUGGUCAGGAAUACCUGGGAGACAGCUGUUUGGCUUACCGGCAUCUCCAGAAAAGAUGAAUAUCUCUUUCUCACUUUUCACAAAAGAAACUGGAAAUAUCCCACAAAGAAUAUUGUACAAUGAAAUAUCAAGUCUCCAAAAUUCUAACUUCUCCCCGUUGAGGAAAACCCGCUUUGUUAUCCAUGGAUAUACAAGCACUGGAAAAUAUGGCUGGGUUGUGGAGCUAUGUUUGCUUCUGGUGGAUGUGGAAGACAUUAACUGUUUUGUUGUUGACUGGGAAGAUGGAGCUAAAUGCAACUAUUUCAUUGCUGGCAGCAAUAUCCGUGUUCUUGGAGCAGUGAUUGCUAAAUUUAUCUUUACUAUGAAGAAAAUCUAUUGGUAUUGUCCUUCCAAAGUCCAUCUCAUUGGCCAUAGUCUCGGUGCUCAUACUGCUGGAGAGGCAGGAAGACGACUUCAAUAUGUUGGCAAAAAAUCUCCUGCCAUUGGAAGAAUAAGUGGUUUAGAUCCAGCAGCCAUUGGUUUUGAAGGAUUCCCUGAGAUGGUCCGGCUAGAUCCUUCUGAUGCUGGAUUUGUGGAUGUCAUACACAGCAACGGUGCCCGAUUUCCUUUAGGACUUGGGAUGUUUAAUGCCACUGGUGAUAUGGACUUUUAUCCCAAUGGUGGAAAGCUUAUGGUUGGAUGUAAGGAUGCAAAACAGGAUCAGGAACAGGAAGAGAUUCGUUCGGUUGGAAAUUGCCAUCACUCACGAAGCCAUGAGUACUACAAAUACAGCAUUCUCUACCCUAGUGGGUUCCUGGCCUAUCCCUGCAAAUCAUACAAAUCUUUUCAAGCGGGAAAUUGCUUUCCAUGUCCCAGAGAAGGCUGCCCAGUAAUGGGUCACUAUGCUAAUCAAUCCCAUGAUAAACUGAAGAAAAGAAAUCAAAACUACUAUCUAAACACAGGAUUUAAAGAACCCUUCACCAGUUGGCGAUAUAAUAUAUCUGUCAAACUAAAUGGAAUGAAAAAUGUGAAAGGAGAAAUAAAUAUAGUUUUCCACAAUAAAAAUGGAGAUAUGAAGGAAUAUCCAAUUAUGAGUGGCAGCCUUAAGCAAGAACAAAUCUAUUCAAAGCUCACAGAUGUAGAAAUUAAUCCAGAAAAUGCUUCAAGAAUUGAGUUUGUUUGGAACAAGCAAUUCUUUACUUUCUUUUGGGCUCAACUAGGAGCAGAAAAAGUAAAUCUUACCCGUGGGCAGGAUGGGCACAAGACUUCCCUUUGUGGCAAUGGAACAGUAAAAUAUGAAGUUCCUCAAAUGCUUACACCUUGUGGAACACUAAAGGAGACAUAAUCAUAAAUUGUAAGAGUAAUGAGGAACAGCUUCUUCAGCUUGAUGGUUUGAAGUAUGACUUAUUAAAACAAAUCUUCUGUCGUUUCUUUUCAUCAUCUCAGCUCGGAACACAAUCAUCAUAAUUGUUUUAGAUAUAAUAAAACAGUAGGUAUCAAAUUUCUGUUUCAAAAGAAAUAAAAUAGGCAUAAAGUCUCUGUAUGUGUGUGUGUAUGUGUUUGUGGAGAGAGAGAGAGAGAGAGAGCAAACUAUGAAUAGAAAAAAAUAAUGAAUGCUGCUUAGGGUAUGGAGCCUCUUUACUUGACAAGAUACUUCUCUGUAAAUUUGCUUUUUAAUUUUAUGCAUAGAUUCCAAGACUUCAUUUGCUCUGAUGAGUUUAUAUUUAUAAAGUGUAAUGUGAACAGUGAGAAUUUGCAUCUUUCUCUUCCUUCUCAGAGGUUUUAUUUAGAUUGUUGGGGGCAAUAUGUUGAUUCUGUAACCCACUUAGAGAGGGCUGUAAAGCAGUAUAUGAGUCUGAGCGCUAUUGCUAUUUCCCUGCUUGAUAGGGCAAAGAAUGUAUUUAGAUGAAUUCAAAGAUAUUUAUCAGUUUUCUUCAUUUAUGGUGCAUAUAGCAAAGAAAACAUUAAAGAUUUGGAUUCACGGUUCCUUCUACCUACCUCCAGGCUUAUUGCCAUGCUUUCUUUUAAAUUUGUCCCACAGCAGACAUUCCUCAAAUAUUAAAAAAAAUUGAGUCUUUAAGUUUUCCAACAUCAGAAUCGCUUCGCUAUUAUUAUUAUUAUUAUUAUUAUUAUUAUUAUUAUUAUUAUUAUUAUUAUUAUUAUUAUUAUUAUUAUUAUUAUUUUAUUUGCAUUUAUAUCCCGCCCUUCUCCGAAGACUCAGGGCGGCUUACACUAUGUCAAGCAAUAGUCUUCAUCCAUUUGUAUAUUAUAUACAAAGUCAACUUAUUGCCCCCAACAAUCUGGGUCCUCAUUUUACCUACCUUAUAAAGGAUGGAAGGCUGAGUCAACCUUGGGCCUGGUGGGACUUGAACCUGCAGUAAUUGCAAGCAAGCUGCUGUUAAUAACAGACUGCAUUAAUAUGUUGCCACCAUAUUUGAUCCUCUAUGUCACUUGAUCCUCGCUUUGACACAGCAAUGUCACGUUAAAUAUCGGGACUUUCCCCCCCUUUGCUAAACCAGGUGUGGGCGUGAGCAUGGCCAGCAUGUGACGCAUACGGAUUCCGGCCCAUGGGCCGCCAGUUUGACAGCCCUGCUCUAUGUGAUCUUAAAGGGCAAAUUCAAUUAAUCAUAUGGAGAUUAAUCCUUUCUGAAGCCACAGGAUUCUUGUCUUAAUGCUUAUUGUGAUUUUUAAAUGUCAAGAAACUUUGCUUUAAAUGCCAUGGAUUUAAACUUUUUUUUCUUGUUCAUUUGCAUCUUCAAAUUAAAGAACCUACAGCCAUUGCAAUCUUUUGUCUGGACCUCAUAUUAAGCUUCAUGUAGACUUCUGUGUCACUGCAUGCAGGGAACGUAUGUGCCUGUCAUUUGGAGACAGUUGCGUAGCUGUUGCGAUGAUAUUUCUGCAAAUGUUAGCAUUCUGGUUAGGCAGCACUCAAACAACAAUGUGCCUUGCCUUCCACCUACCUCCCAACAAUAUAUAUCAAAUAUAUAGAUAUAUAUUUGUGUAUGUGCAUGGAUGGGGAAAAGCGUUUGCUUGUAAAUGUGCAGUGAAGGCCUAUCUCAUAUGAUUGCUGUUAUUGGUUAGGUUUUUUAUGAGCUAUCAGACUGAAACAUCAGGCACUUUUCUGGGGUAAAAAUAAAUAAAGAAAUUGCAACAAUUGAAUAGAACA